AUGUAUUUUAUACUGACAGCGUCAGCCCAGCCGCAUCAUGCCAAUGCUCCUAGCAUCGAUGACAGUGGAGUUGGUUUUAGCUUGGGCAUCGUCCUGCCGCUCACCUCCGCGGAAGACUUGGACUGCGCUCCUGGAUUUCAGCAGAAAGUGUUCCACAUCGACCAGCCCGUGGAAUUCAUCGAGGACCAGGCGAUUCUAAACUUGAACUUUAGUGACUGUAAGGGAAAUGACAAGCUGCACUAUGAGGUCUCAAGCCCAUACUUCAAGGUGAACAAUGACGGUGGCUUAGUCGCCCUGAGAAACAUCACUGCGGUGGGCAAGACUCUGUUCGUCCACGCCCGGACCCCCCAUGCGGAGGACAUGGCGGAAAUCGUGAUUGUCGGCGGGAAAGACGUCCAGGGCUCCAUGCAGGACAUAUUUAAAUUUGCACGAACAUCUCCUGUCCCGAGACAAAAGAGGUCCAUUGUGGUGUCUCCCAUCUUAAUCCCAGAGAAUCAGAGACAACCUUUCCCGAGAGACGUCGGCAAGGUGGUCGAUAGUGACAGACCAGAAGGGUCCAAGUUCCGGCUCACUGGGAAGGGAGUAGAUCAAGAGCCUAAAGGAAUCUUCAGAAUCAAUGAGAACACAGGGAGCGUCUCCGUGACACGGACCUUGGACAGAGAAGCGAUCGCUACUUAUCAACUAUUUGUGGAGACCACCGAUGUCAACGGCAGAACUCUUGAGGGGCCGGUCCCUCUGGAAGUCAUUGUGAUUGAUCAGAAUGACAACAGACCAAGCUUUCGAGAAGGCCCCUACAUUGGCCAUGUCAUGGAAGGAUCCCCUACAGGGACCACAGUGAUGCGGAUGACAGCCUUCGACGCGGACGACCCGGCCACAGAUAAUGCCCUCCUUCGGUAUAAUAUCCGCCAGCAGACGCCUGACAAGCCGUCACCCAACAUGUUCUACAUCGAUCCUGAGAAAGGAGACAUUGUCACCGUGGUGUCCCCCGCCCUGCUGGACCGGGAGACUCUGGAAAAUCCCAAGUAUGAGUUGAUCAUCGAAGCUCAAGAUAUGGUUGGACAGUUUUACGGAUUACUAGGCACAGCCACGGCGACAAUCCUGAUCGAUGACAAAAAUGAUCACUCACCAGAAUUCACCAAGAAAGAGUUUCAAGCCACAGUUGAGGAAGGAGCUGUGGGAGUUAUUGUCAACUUGACCGUUGAAGACAAGGAUGACCCCACCACGGGCGCAUGGAGGGCUGCCUACACCAUCAUCAAUGGAAACCCUGGCCAGAGCUUCGAAAUCCACACCAACCCUCAAAACAAUGAGGGGAUGCUUUCCGUGGUCAAGCCUCUGGACUACGAGAUCUCCGCCUUUCACACCCUGCUGAUCAAAGUGGAAAAUGAGGACCCGUUGGUCCCUGACGUCUCCUACGGCCCCAGCUCCACGGCAACCGUCCACAUUACUGUCCUGGAUGUCAACGAGGGCCCCGUUUUUUACCCCGACCCCAUGAUGGUGACCAGGCGGGAGAACAUCUCCGUGGGCAGCGUGCUGUUGACGGUGAACGCCACGGACCCUGAUUCCCUGCAGCACCAAACCAUCAGGUAUUCUGUUUUCAAGGACCCGGCAGGCUGGCUGAAUAUUAACCCCAUCAAUGGGACCGUUGACACCACCGCGGUGCUGGACCGCGAAUCCCCAUUCGUCCACGACAGUGUGUACACUGCCCUCUUCCUGGCCAUCGACAGUGGCAACCCGCCGGCUACUGGCACCGGGACUUUGCUGAUCACCCUGGAAGACGUGAAUGACAACGCCCCCUUCAUCUACCCCACGGUAGCCGAAGUCUGUGACGAUGCCAAAAACCUCAGUGUAGUCAUUCUGGGAGCAUCCGACAAGGAUCUCUACCCAAAUACAGAUCCUUUCAAAUUUGAAAUCCAUAAACAAGCUGUUCCUGAUAGAGUCUGGAAGGUCUCCAAGAUCAACAACACACACGCCCUGGUAAGCCUUCUUCAAAAUCUGAACAAAGCCAACUACCAGCUGCCCAUCAUGGUGACAGAUUCAGGGAAACCACCCAUGACGAACAUCACAGACCUCAGGGUACAAGUGUGUUCCUGCAAGAAUUCCAAAGUGGACUGCAACGCAGCGGGGACCCUGCGCUUCAGCCUGACCUCAGUCCUGCUCAUCUCUCUCUUCAGUGUCGCUCGUCUGUGAGAACUCCUGACAUCUGAUGCUUGACUACCAAGUUUCCAUAGCAACAGGAAAAAAAAAAUCCAAAUCUGAAGAUUGCCGUUUACAGCUCUCGAACUUCACAACUAGGCCUCAAUUGCUCCAGAUUUUCAUUUUCUUUGCAAUUUCACUUAGUCUGUACGUCACCAUUUUGACAGCAUCUUCCUUUUGCCUUUAAUUAAUGGACUCCUCUGAAUUUUCCCUGAAUGUUUAAAGAUCAUGGCAUAUAACUUGACCUUUUGGGAGCAGGAACAAUGACUACUUUUUCUGAUGUGUUCAUGUUGCUAGUCAGCACUCCGCACAUUCAGCUUUGUCUGUGGGUUAGUAUCUGUAUAUGUAUGAGUAUCUGUGUGUGUACGUCCCCAGUAUUUAUAGAGCGAGACUGGACGGGAGAAGCCUAGUUUUGAUGCGUCCGUCUUCCUUGAGAGGCUAAACAAAGAAGGGAUAGAAGCCGCGGCAGCUGAGCCCCCAGGGCCUCCGCAGCAGACUAGGCACAAGCACUGACCACAGAGCUGAUGCUUCUCCAACGUCCCACUCA